AUGCAUUUUCUUCUUCGGUCUUCGUUGACAAUUCUGUUGUUUUUUUCAUUUCUAUACUUAAUUUUGGAGCAAAUAUUUAUUUUGCAAUUGAUUAAUUUCAAUUUUGAAUUUGACCCUUCUUGAGUAAUGCAUAAAAGAAGCCAUAUUAUGAUUUAAUUAAGGUUAUAGCUCUGCUUUGUGACCUGUGUUGGAACUUGGGAGGCUGAAAUGUCUACACAACAAGGAAAUGCAGAAACUAAUGAUGCUUCAGGUUCUUGUCCAUAUGAUCUUUUACGUAUGGAAACCUCUGCAAACUGGGAACACUGUCAAAAAGAAUGGCCGAACUCUUCUUCCGGUCCUCAAGGGCGGCUAGAGUGUCUGUUAACUGAACCCGGUAAUAGAUCCUGUGCAGAUUGUGGAUCCCGAGAUCCGAAAUGGGUUUUUGUGAACAGAUCCUUGAGCCUUGGAGCAUUUAUUUGUAUCAAGUGCUCUGGAGUUCAUAGAAGCCUUGGGGUGCAUAUAUCGAAGGUAUUAUCUGUCAAACUGGAUGAAUGGACGAAUGAGCAAGUUAAUGCUUUAAAGCAAAAGGGUGGAAAUACUGUUGUAAACUUGAAAUAUGAAGCUCACAUGCCAGAUAAUUAUAGAAAACCAGAACCAGAUUCCUCUAUAGAGGAGCGCACUGACUUCAUAAGGAGAAAAUAUGAGAUGCAACAGUUUUUGGACCAUGAUUUACAGAUGUCAUGCCCCUUCCCAGCUCCAUCAUCAUCACAUAGCAGUUCUUCAGGAAGUCAAUCUCAUUCAUCCUCAGAGAAGAAACACUGUGAGAAGCAAACUGGUCAUCACCGCAUUCAUGCUUUAGGGCACGCAUUUCGUAAUAGCUGGAGAAGAUCUGAGCACAAGACAACAAAGAAAAGUAACUCAACGGUAAUGCUUUCUCUGCAAAAUGCAGGUAUGGUCGAAUUUGUAGGAUUGAUUAAGGUUAACAUAGUGAGAGGCACGAACCUAGCUGUGCGAGAUAUGAUGUCCAGUGACCCAUAUGUCAUGAUCUCACUGGGAAAUCAAUCAGUGAAGACGCGUGUCAUAAAGAAUAACCUGAAUCCAGUUUGGAAUGAGAAGCUAAUGUUGUCGAUUCCUGAAGACAUUCCUUCUCUGAAGUUGGAUUUCAGAAUAUGUCAUGGGAUCACGCUUUUGGGUUAAUGUCGUCUUAUUUAUUAUUAUUCAUGACAUACAUGACCUUUGCUUCCGAUAUUUAUGCAGGAGAACAAUUCUAAUAGAUUUCUCAAAUUAUUAGUCCGCAUGCAUAAUGAAAUGUAUUGCUUCACCUUUCCUAAUUUGUUCUAAGCACUAACAUUUUCCUGUAGCACGACAAUUUUGCUUGAUAAUUUCUCCUCUGUAAUACCUUUAAUUUAUAGAAUAGUGCUUAAGUGAAAUAAUCCCUGAUUUUGUGCUAUACAAGGUAAUAAAAUAAACUAAUAUAAACUAAUUUGCCUAAUUAGCUCUAAUAAACCCCCCUCCCAAAUUAAUGAUGGGAAGUCCAUAAGUAUCAAUUUUCUCACUAAAAAAUUAUGAUAGAGGCGAGUCAGAGACUUGGUGAAAAUAUCUGCAAUUUGUUGAGUAGUGGAAACACGAGGAAGAUCGAUAACUUUAAACUCAUAGGUGUCUCGAAUGUAAUGAAAGUCAACUUCAAUAUGUUUGGUGCGUUCAUGAUACACAGGAUUGACCGCAAUUUGAAUAGCACUAUUAUUGUCACCAUAGAAGGAAGUAGGAUGUUUUUAUAAAACACCAAGUUCUGCGAAAAUGACACACAUCCUCAGAACAUGCAGCGGGUAUAGCACGAUAUUCAAUCUCAAUAAAGGACUUAGAGACAGAGUCCUAUUUCUUACAUUUUCAAGAAAUGAGAGCAUUUCCCAAAAAAAUACACCAUACAGUAGUAGAUCGAUGAGAAUCAGGACAACCAGUCUAGUCAGCAUCACUAUAAGCGGUGAACUCAAGAGCUGUCCCGUGAGGAAAGAAAAACAACAAUGAGGAGUCCCAAUAAGAUCACGAAUGAUGCGACGGACAGCGACAAAGUGAAGAUGACGAGCGGUGUCCAUAAAUUUGCUAACAGUACGAACUGUGAAUGAAAUAUUCGGAUAUGUGAUAGUAAGAUAAAUGAGACUACUCACCAACUUCAGAUAUAGAAUAGUAUCGCCUUCGUCUUUUCGAUAUUUAACAUUAAAUUUCAAUGGAGUAUUAACUGAAGAGGCAUCGGAUAAAUCAGCCAACUUGAUCAUGUCUUGAGUAUACUUAUGUUGAUUUAAGAAGAUACCAUGCGAUGCUGUAUGAACUUCUAAGCUAAGAAAAUAAGUGAGAUGAUCAAGAUCCUUCAUAUGAAAAACUGAGUGAAGGUGCUACUGAAGCUUUUGAAUGUGAGUGUGAUAAGAUCCAGAGAUAAUAAUAUAUUUCACAUAAACCAACAAGAAAACGAUGUCAAUAGGACUCUUAUAUAAGAACAGAGAAGCGUUAUACCGACUGAAUGAAGGAAAAAUCCAAAAGCGUACGAUGGAACUUGUAAAAUCAUGCUUGAGGAGCCUGCUUAAGACUAUACAGAGAGUGUUUAAGUUUACAUACAAAGUCAACUGAGGCAUACUACAUGGAAGUUUCAUAUAAAUAUCUUCAUUAAGAUCCCCAUUUAAGAUUUUUUUUUUUUUAUCCAUCUGAUAUAGAGGCAAAGACUGAGAAGCGGCAAGUGAUAACAAGAGGUGAACGGUGGUCAUUUUAGCUGCAGGAGCAAAAGUCUCAUCAUAGUCAAUUCCAUACUCCUGACGAUUACCCAAGGCAACCAAACGAGCUUUAUAGUGCUUAAGAGAACUAUCAAAACGAAGUUUCACUGAGUAUACCCAUUUACUCUCAAUGGGUUUCACAGUCUCUGGACAUGGUACAGUAUCCCAAGUCUGGUUGGCUUCAAGGGCCUCAAGUUCUGCUUUCAUUGUCCGUUGCUAACACUCUUGUUCUAUAGACUGUCUAUAUGAGGAAGGAAUGACAAUCGAGUUAAGAGUAGCAGACAUAGAGUUGUGGGAGAGAAAACCAUACCUAUCUAGUGGGUAGGUAACACGAAAAGUGCGACAAAGAGUGAGAGGCGGUGAAAGAUUGUCUGAGGUCACAGUUGGAGGAUCCGGGAGGCUUGGAAGGACAGUCUGACAAGAUGACACGGAACAGUGAUCGGAGUGCUAGGCCUUCGAGUGUAUACAAGACCAAGCUUGUACUGAGAGAAUUCUGUAUGAAACUCAGGUAAGACAGAGAACACAGGAGUAGGGACAACAGUCUCUGAGAUAAAAGGGAUUGUUUUUCAAAAAAAGGACACUACAAGAAAUCCUAAUGCCUUCUGCCUUAGGAUCAUAGCAGACAUAUUCUUUUUGAGUCCCACAAUAUCCCAGAAAGGCACACUUAACAGAUUGCGAUGUGAGUUUUGUCCUUUCAUGUGAUUGUAAAUGAACAAAACAUACACUUUCAAAAGGUCGUAGAUGAGAAUAUGUAGGAUGUUGACCAAAGAGCUUAUAAAAUGGAGAGACAUUAUGGAGAGUGGGAGAAGGCAAUCGAUUUAUGAAAUGUACGGCAGUAGACAAAGUUUCACACCAAAAACGAGAAGGAACAAAAGACUCAAUCAGAAGAGCUCUAGCCAUGUCAAGAAGGUGACGAUUCUUACGUUCUGCUCCUUGUUUUGUUGAGGGGUAGAGGGGCAAGAUCCCUGAGAAAUAAUGCUUUUUGUCUAUAAGAACGAUUGAAACGCAUUAAACAUAUAUUUACCUCCCGAAUCAGAUUUUAAGACUUUGAUUGAGGAGGAAAAUUGAUUGUCAAUGAGAGCAUGGAAGGCCUGAAAGGCAGAGAAAACCUUCUGAAAGGCAGAGAAAACCUUACUUUUUGCUCGGAGAAAAUAAACCCAUUUAAAGCGACUAUAGUCAUUGAUAAAAGUAACCAAAUAUCUAUAAUGAGCAUGAGAUACUACAGGUGUAAGACCCUAUAUUUCACUAUGAACAAUAUUGAAAAUAUGCGGAGCAUGAGAACCAUGAGACGAGAAUGAUAAAGUCUUACUUUUAAAAAACUUAAGUCUUACUUUUAACAAACUUACAUGAAGCACAAUCGAAAGAGAUGGACGAAAUUGAAGCAGAAUUCUUAUUACCAAGCAAACUAGAAUUCAACAAGUAUUGUAGCACAUUAGAAUUGGGAUUACCCAAUUUUAAACCAAAAUACGCACAGCCUAAUUAAAAACCAACCUAACUACUCAGCCCAUACACUCAUAGCCCAAUUAGAACAAUUCCCCAAUCGACGACGCGAGACGGAGAGGAGAGGAAACGAAUGUGCUUCAACAAGAACUGAGCAGCGAGCCUCGCCUAAAAUUCGAAGAUCACACAGGUACAGGUGCUGUGGUAAUUGAGGAACCCUGAAAACCCAAUCUCUCAAAAUAAUAACACGAAGAUGAUGCCGACGAGACGAACAGAGAAUCAACGAUGCCUAAGAUGCGACCUCUGAUCGAAGCUUACAAUGAACCAAGAGAUGAUUGCAGCCUGCCUGAUGAGUGCCUGAGAUGCCGACCUCCAGUAACUAUGAACAGAGAGCCAACUUGCAAUUCACACCACGAGAAAGUAAUUCUAGGGCUUUGAUACCAUGACAAUUUUGCUUGAUAAUUUCUCCUUUGUAAUGCCUUUAAUUUAUAGAAUAGUGUAUAGCUAUAUAUGAAAAUUAUACAAAGGAAAUAAUCCCAGAUUUUGUUUGCUAUACAAGGCAAUAAAGGGCAUGUUUGAGCCACAUUUAAAAAAAAAAAAAAAUACAUUCUUAAA